UACAGAAACCGGGAUAAGCUCCGGCAGCUAUGAGCCAUCAGCUCCAAGGCUUCACUCACACAUCUGACUGUAAUCAGAUACAAUGUUAUCCCGCUUUAUAUCAGARGUGAGUCUAAGCAGACAUCAUUUUGAAAAUACCUUUCAUAUCGGUUGCUCAAUGUAACUGAAGGAUGCAGUUUUUGAAUAGAGCUUCUUAAAAGUUCAGAUUUCUUCUCGGUCGAAGUUUCACCGGCACAUCAUGGAUCAAGAUAAAAAGGAACAUAAGCUAAAAGGGCGCUUUUCGGAGAUUCUUCGAUGCGUUCUAUAUGUAGCCGUAGUGGUUUUCCUGAUGUCUUGCAUCACCAUCUUGUUUUUGGAACAGCAAAAAAUGAAACAAAGAUUGUCUACAAUCGAUGAGAAAAUGAACACAUUGGAGCGGACACUCCGGUAUAACAACGACAGAGAUAAACGACUUGAAGCUAAAGCUUUGCUUGUCAGGGAGAAGAGAGCAUUGGAUUUGAGUCUUGAAGGCCUCGAGAAACGACUGAAAGUUCUAGAAUUCAGGGCUCUCCGAGAAAACAAAUCAUCUUCUAGAGAAGAAUCGAGAGCAAGAGAAUCAUGUAAAGGACGGGACGGAAGGGACGGGCGGGAUGGUCCUGCAGGUCCCCCGGGAUCACCAGGAACGCCGGGAAACCCAGGGACACCAGGUCGUGACGGCCGUGACGGCAGAAAAGGUCUCGCUGGAGCCCGAGGCUUUCCGGGAUCCAAAGGAGACAUUGGUCCAAGUGGAAAACUAGGUACUCAGGGACCACCUGGACCAAAAGGACAAAAGGGACGAGAAGGCAAUGGGCUGUGUGGAGUCAAGUACGUGAGGUGGGGCCGGACAAGCUGUGGUGGAGGUGCGCAGAUUGUGUACACGGGAAUUAUUGGAAGUGGCCACUAUGCUCAUAGCGGUGGUGGUGGAAAAUACCUUUGUCUACCAAACAAACCAAAGUAUGAUAAAUAUAGCGACAGCUGGGAGAGCGCCGGUGCUAUAUACGGAACGGAGUACGAAGUGAGUUCAUUCAAUCCUUUCACAAACGAUCUGCAUGACCAUGAUGCUCCAUGUACCGUGUGUUACGUCGGAUCACGUGGUUCAGAAAUGAUGAUGCCCGCAAGGAAUGAUUGUCCUUCUGGUUGGACCAAGGAGUAUCAUGGUUACUUAAUGACAGCGGAUUACGGUCAUAAAAGUGUUCGCGACUUUAUCUGUGUUGACAGGGAAGCCGAGUAUGUGCCUGGCUCCCAAUCUAAUCAAGAUGGCGCAUUGCUGUAUCUUGUGCAAGGGGGCUGUGGUUCCUUACCAUGCCUCCCAUACGUCGACGGGAGAGAGCUCACAUGUGCCGUUUGUACCAAAUAAACAAUGAAAAUUCCAAAGUAUUCCUGUAAAGAUUGAUUCCUCCUCAGUCUUCAACAAAAACAACCCAGUUCCCACACGUUUCCUAGUCAGAGGAGUCUGGACUCAAAGUAGAUGGUGACAUGUUGAACAAAACAGACCGUCUAUAGUCUGUAAACGAGUAAAAUGGUAUUAAAAUCUUUUGCGAGUAGAACUUUCCGGGUGUUAGAUUAGUUAAUUUAACUCGUGACAACUUUUACUCUGUUUGAAGAAAGUUUUGUAAUAAACAUUUUUGUAACUUAAAUACUGUUUUACCUCAUAAAUGGCAGUGAACUUUGAAACCAGCUUUGAACAAAAUGCCUAGUGUCUUCUUAGGGGGGAGGGGGGGGGGGAAUAG